AUGGCCCGGGCUGCCUGGCAGGCCACCGGAGCCUGCGCCCAGCCGGCCCGCCACUUGGUGGGUGAGGCCGCUGGAGCGUCCGGGUUGCGGUGGGCAGGGCCAGUGACCGGAGGGGGCGGGCCAGGAUGGAGCGAGGGGAGUGGGCAGCCUCCGCUGGAGUUUAGUGUUGGGGAGCCAGACGGCGGGCCAGGCCUAAGGAGGAGGCAGGCUCUCUCUGCAUUGAUCCAUCAUGUGCACACACCUCUGACCCACGCACAGGGCGGCUACUUCCCUGAGAAUGUCAAGGCCAUGACCAGUCUUCGGUGGCUGAACCUGAACCGCACCGGCCUCUGUUACCUGCCAGAGGAGUUGGCUGCCCUGCAGAAGCUGGAGCACUUGUCUGUGAGCCACAACAACCUGACCACACUCCACGGGGAGCUGUCCAGCCUGCCAUCUCUUCGGGCCAUCGUGGCUCGAGCCAACAGCCUGAAGAAUUCUGGAGUACCCGACGACAUCUUCAAGCUGGAUGACCUCUCAGUCCUGGACUUAAGCUACAACCAGCUGACGGAGUGCCCUCGGGAGCUGGAGAAUGCCAAGAACAUGCUGGUGCUGAACCUCAGCCAUAACAGCAUUGACGCCAUCCCCAACCAGCUCUUCAUCAACCUCACUGACCUGCUGUACCUGGACCUCAGCGAGAACCGCCUGGAGAGCUUGCCCCCGCAGAUGCGCCGCCUGGUGCACCUGCAGACGCUUGUGCUCAACGGGAACCCCCUGCAGCACGCACAGCUGCGGCAGCUCCCAGCUCUGACGGCCCUGCAGACCCUGCACCUCAGGAACACCCAGCGCACCCAGAGCAACCUCCCCACCAGCCUGGAGGGCCUGAGCAACCUCACAGAUGUGGACCUGUCCUGCAACGACCUGACGCGGGUGCCCGAGUGCCUGUACACCCUCUCCAGCCUGCGCCGCCUCAACCUCAGCAGCAACCAGAUUGCAGAGCUGUCCCUGUGCAUCGACCAGUGGGUGCACGUGGAGACCUUGAACCUGUCCCGAAAUCAGCUCACCUCCCUGCCUUCGGCCAUUUGCAAGCUGACCAAACUGAAGAAGCUGUACCUGAACUCCAACCAUCUGGACUUCGAUGGGCUGCCCUCGGGCAUCGGCAAGCUGGCCAGCUUGGAGGAGUUCAUGGCCGCCAAUAACAACCUGGAGAUGAUCCCCGAGAGCCUCUGCAGGUGCACAAAGCUGAGGAAGCUUGUCCUGAACAAGAACCGCCUGGUGACCCUCCCAGAGGCCGUCCACUUCCUGCCAGAGAUCCAGGUCCUGGACGUUCGGGAGAACCCCAGCCUGGUCAUGCCUCCCAAGCCCGCUGACCGCACCGCCGAGUGGUACAACAUCGACUUCUCGCUGCAGAACCAACUCCGGCUGGCAGGUGCCUCCCCUGCCACCGUGGCCGCCGCAGCAGCUGCAGGGGGUGGGUCUAAGGAUCCCCUGGCUCGAAAGAUGCGACUACGAAGGCGCAAGGACUCAGCCCAGGACGACCAGGCCAAGCAGGUGCUGAAGGGCAUGUCGGACGUGGCCCAGGAAAAGAACAGGAAGCAGGAGGAGAGUGCUGACGCCCGAGCCCCCGGGGGUAAGGUGCGGCGCUGGGACCAGGGCCUGGAGAAGCCGCGCCUCGACUACUCAGAAUUCUUCACGGAGGAUGUGGGUCAGCUGCCGGGCCUGACCAUCUGGCAGAUCGAGAACUUCGUGCCGGUGCUAGUGGAGGAGGCCUUACACGGCAAGUUCUACGAAGCCGACUGCUACAUCGUGCUCAAGACCUUUCUGGAUGACAGCGGCUCUCUGAACUGGGAGAUCUACUACUGGAUUGGUGGGGAGGCCACACUUGACAAGAAGGCUUGUUCUGCCAUCCACGCGGUGAACCUGCGCAACUACCUGGGUGCAGAAUGCCGCACCGCACGGGAGGAGAUGGGCGACGAGAGCGAGGAGUUCCUGCAGGUGUUUGAUAACGACAUUGCCUACAUUGAGGGUGGAACAGCCAGUGGCUUCUACACUGUCGAGGACACGCACUACGUCACCAGGAUGUACCGCGUGUAUGGGAAAAAGAACAUCAAGUUGGAGCCUGUGCCACUCAAGGGAGCCUCCCUGGACCCCAGGUUUGUUUUCCUGCUGGACCGGGGGCUGGACCUCUAUGUGUGGCGGGGGGCCCAGGCCACGCUGAGUAGCACUACCAAAACCAGGCUUUUUGCAGAAAAAAUUAACAAGAACGAGCGGAAAGGGAAGGCAGAGAUCACGCUGCUGGUGCAGGGCCAGGAGCCCCCAGAGUUCUGGGAGGCACUAGGGGGUGAGCCCUCUGAGAUCAAACAGCACGUGCCUGAUGACUUCUGGCCACCGCAGCCCAAGCUGUAUAAGGUGGGCCUGGGCCUGGGCUACCUGGAGCUGCCCCAAAUCAACUACAAGCUGUCAGUGGAGCAUAAGAAGCCGCCCAAGGUGGAACUGAUGCCGGGCAUGCGGCUGCUGCAGAGCCUGCUGGACACGCGCUGUGUGUACAUCCUGGACUGUUGGUCCGAUGUGUUCAUCUGGCUGGGCCGCAAGUCCCCACGCCUUGUGCGUGCCGCCGCCCUCAAGCUUGGCCAGGAGCUGUGCGGAAUGCUGCACCGACCACGUUACGCCACGGUCAGCCGCAGCCUGGAGGGCACUGAGGCGCAGGUGUUCAAAGCCAAGUUUAAGAAUUGGGAUGACGUGUUGACGGUGGAUUACACACGCAAUGCAGAGGCCGUGUUGCAGGGCCAGGGACUUGCCGGGAAGGUGAAGCGUGACGCUGAGAAGAAAGAUGAGAUGAAGGCUGACCUCACUGCACUCUUCCUGCCAAGGCAGCCGCCCAUGGCGCUAGCAGAGGCUGAGCAGCUGAUGGAGGAGUGGAACGAGGACCUGGACGGCAUGGAGGGCUUCGUGCUGGAGGGUAAGAAGUUCGCUCGGCUGCCUGAGGAGGAGUUCGGCCACUUCUACACGCAGGAUUGCUACGUCUUCCUCUGCAGGUACUGGGUCCCUGUGGAGUACGAGGAGGAGGAGAAGGAAGAGAAAGAGGAGAAGGCGGGGCCCGAGGGCAAAGAAGGCGAGGAGGCAGUGGCGGAGGCGGACAAGCAGCCGGAGGAGGACUUCCAGUGCAUCGUGUACUUCUGGCAGGGCCGCGAAGCCUCCAACAUGGGCUGGCUCACCUUCACCUUCAGCCUGCAGAAGAAGUUCGAAAGCCUUUUCCCUGGCAAGCUAGAGGUGGUGCGCAUGACGCAGCAGCAGGAGAACCCCAAGUUCCUGUCCCAUUUCAAGAGGAAGUUCAUCAUCCACCGGGGCCGGAGGAAGGCAGCUCAGGGUGCCCUGCAGCCCAGCCUCUACCAGAUUCGAACCAACGGCAGCGCCCUCUGUACCCGGUGCAUCCAGAUAAACACCGACUCCAGCCUCCUCAACUCCGAGUUCUGCUUCAUUCUCAAGGUUCCCUUUGAGAGUGAGGACAACCAGGGCAUCGUGUACGCGUGGGUGGGCCGGGCGUCCGACCCGGAUGAGGCCAAGUUGGCGGAGGACAUACUGAACACCAUGUUUGAGGCCUCCUACAGCAAGCAGGUCAUCAGCGAAGGCGAGGAGCCCGAGAACUUCUUCUGGGUGGGCCUGGGCACACAGAAGCCGUAUGACGACGAUGCCGAGUACAUGAAGCACACCCGGCUCUUCCGGUGCUCCAAUGAGAAGGGUUACUUCGCAGUGACUGAGAAAUGUUCUGACUUUUGCCAAGAUGACCUGGCAGAUGAUGACAUCAUGUUGUUAGACAAUGGCCAAGAGGUCUAUAUGUGGGUGGGGACCCAGACAAGCCAGGUGGAGAUCAAGCUGAGUCUGAAGGCCUGCCAGGUGUACAUCCAGCACAUGCGCGCCAAAGAGCACGAGCAUCCCCGCCGCCUGCGCCUGGUCCGCAAGGGCAACGAGCAGCACGCCUUUACCCGCUGCUUCCAUGCCUGGAGCACCUUCCGGAAGGCCCUGGCCUAGAGCAGCUGCCACCCCUGCAGUGCCCCUGUGGAAGCCCCAAGCCCAGGGUGAGGAGAGCAAGGGCCUCUUCAUCCACCACCUAGCCAGGGUCUGUGUCAGGGGGCAGCCCUGCUAUGUCAUGCCCAGUGCCACAGCCCCCCGCAGCACAGCCCAAGUGGCACCAAGGGGGCAGCCCUGAUGGGAAAUGAGACCCCUCGGUGUGAGCUCACAUGUGACACCCCCUUCCCUGUAGGGAUAAAGGAGACAUGGUUGCCCUUUAAGAGAUAUUAAAUGCUUUUAUUUUCAAUAUUAAAAA